UCAGCUUAGGUUUUGGAGUGGACAGCUGACGGGUCUGUAGGAAGCAGAAAAGAUGAGUGUGGUUUGUUGCUGGAUCUUGUACUCUGUCUUCCUAGUUUCUGUUUCUUCUACUUGGAACAGCAAGUUGUUAAAUACAGCACGACAGGCAAUUAAAGAUGGUACCGCAGGGACAGGUCUUCCUGGUGACAGAUCCUGGAAUUCCCAGAUGUAUCCAAGAUGGCAAGGAGGAGACCCCAGAAACCAGGACUGUUGGCGAGGUGGUCCAGUGACAUUUGAUGUGAGUAAUGAUGCCCCAACGCUUACAGGAGCUAAAUCCACAUUCUCCAUUCAGCUGAAAUUUCCUGCAAACCAGACAGUAUUGCCAGAUGGAGAGGUUGUGUGGUCUGAGAACUGUACAAUCAAUGGAAGUCAUGUUACAACUGGAGAACCUGUUUACGCUGAUGAGUCUUCAGAGGGCUCCAAAUGUGUUUUCCCUGAUGGGAGACCAUUCCCAGCUAAUCCAGAAGGAAGACGCAGAAGAUUUGUGUAUGUCUGGCAAACAUGGGGAAAAUACUGGCAAGUAAUAGAUGGCCCUACAUCCCAGCUAACUGUGGACACGCAUGACGUAUCCCUUGGUUCUUACACCAUGGAAGUGACUGUUUACCAUUAUAGAGGACGUCAGAAAUUCAUUCCUAUUGGGAAAGGCACAUCUCAGUUCGCUAUCACAGACCAAAUUCCUUUUACUGUGAGCAUUGCACAGAUUAAUGAUGUGAAUCAGGCUGACGAAAACUUCAUCCAGAACAGAGCCAUCAGCUUUACUGUGCAGGUGCAUGAUCCCAGCCAGUACUUGAAAGAUGCAGAUGUCACUUUUUCCUGGGAUUUUGGAGAUAACAGUGGGACUUUGAUCUCUCACACAACAGUUGUUACCCACACUUAUCUUACAACUGGUACCUUCAGCCCUCAGCUGAUCCUGCAGGCUGCAAUUCCUGUGGACGGCUGUGGGACACCUGCCGGAACUGUUCUCGUACCAACAACAAGAGGAUUAGAUCCAAUAACAUCUUUUCCUAUUAGUCAGGCCAGCACAGGAGGGGCAUCUGUAACAUCUGAGCCAUUACCCUCAGCUCAGCCUACAGGGCAAGAAGGGACAACAGUGCCUCCAUCAGAAGUUCCCACUGCUCAACAAACAACUGGCACAGAACUGUCUCAACCUUCCAGUAUGGACCCAUUGAUUCCAACUUCUACUAUACAGUCCAUAGAUCCAGUGACUGGUCUUCCCACUACUACCAUGGAAACUGCUGCUUCAGCCGCAAGUGUGGAUCCAGAGACACCUUCCUCCCCAGUGGCUCCUGCUUCAUCUUUGCUUCCUGGCACCUCUGCUUCAACUGCUCAAGCUGCAGCCACCUCCAGUGCAGAGAGCAGUCCUCAACCAUCCUCAGCUUCAUCUGCAGGAUCGACAGCAUCUGUUGUGGUAGUAUCUAUAGCAGAAACAGGCUUCAGCACCACCCCACAGGGAGCAGUGAGUACUGCCACUGAAGGCUCAGAUGAGAACCUGCUUUUAGUAAAACGUCAAGUACCUGAAGAUUCAGCAACUGCUGGGUGUAUCAUCUACCGGUAUGGCAGCUUCUCUACCAACGUCAAUAUAGUCCAGGGUAUUGAAGCAGUGGAGAUUGUCCAAGUGGCAAACGUGAUACCUGUUGGAUCCAGUGAUGUUCAGCAGAAUGCAGUGGAUAUUACAGUAACCUGCCAGGGAAGUUUGCCCACAGAGGUGUGUACUAUGGUUCUGGAUUCUGCCUGUGUCACCCCAGAGCAAACAAUCUGCAAUCAGGUAGCACCGCCUCCUGAAUGUCAGCUUGUCCUGCGUCAGUUCUUCAAUGACUCUGGUGUCUACUGCGUCAAUGUCUCCAUGACUAAUGGAGUUAGCCUGGGAGUUGCCAGUGCACAAGUCAGCAUCAGCGCAGAAGAUGGAAAAACACCCUCACACUUUGGGGUAGUCGCUUUGGUCGGGCUGGUUGCGAUGGCUGGUGUGAUUCUGGGAGUUGUAGCUGUGGCAUACAGGCAGAUGAAGGGCUACAUUCCUUUGCGGGAGAACCUAGCUGGCAGCAUGAGAAAUCGUUGGGCACCUGAAAGGUCUACUGUGUCACACUUAUUUCAAAAUAUUUUUGGUCGUUCUACAACUGGAGAGAACAGUCCCCUCUUAAGAGGCCAAGUUGUUUAAGAGGAUUUCAGAAAUAAAAUGUAAUUUUAUGACCAUAAGACAGUAUAGUGGCAUGCAAAAUGUGGAGGAUGGAAACCUUUAUCUGUCUAUUUGGCCAGCCUCAAAAAAUGGGUUUUGGAUUUUUUUUGUACUUGGAAUUUGUAAGAAAAGGCUAGCCUUAAAGUUAAUUACAAAUGUGUACAGAUUAUGGCAAAAUAUAAACAAAUUAUUUGGUGACUAUAACAAUAAAAUGGAUGCUCCCA